UUGUUUAUAUUUUUAAAUCAUAUGUACGUGAAAUUAUAUAAUACAACUUGGGCACUAUAAAUACAUUCUUAACGAUCAGAAAUCCUAAAUACUAAUAACAGAGAUUGCGGUGAUAUAAGAAGAGGCACAUUAAGUCAUGAAGCUCUCGGAUUCCCAAUUCGUCGUGUAAAAAAGCCCAGAAUCUCACAGAUCUCGUGCAGGAUGUCUCAACUCCAUGCUUAAAACCUGAGGCCACGUGAAGACCCCAUGUCUUGCCUCAUGCCUCCUAACUCGCCCUAAAAAAAAAAAUAUAAUUCAUCAGGAAACGGCAUAGUUUCGCGCCAAAUACAUUAUAAGUAGCUUGCGCGAAUGGCGGCGACUUAACGCCCGAUUUCGGCGCUUCGAUUUGCUAAAUACUUAUUUCUCGGUUAAGAGGACUUAACGUGAGCCCAUUUCGGACAUUUAAAGUAUGUAUUUAUGAACGAAUCGACCGAAUGGUUUUCUCCGCAUUUAAUCGUGGUUUCGUAAAAACGGUCAUUUCGUCCAUUCCGCCUCUCAUGAAGCGACAAAGACGGGUGGGGCUCCGCACGCUGCGUCCGUCCCUGAGGCUCCUGUCGAUGAAUUCUAACUCCUAUGUAUAGAAGCGUAUAAAUGCGUGCGGCCUGAAGUGAGCAGAGACGAAGCGACGACUUCGGCUGGCUCCGUUAUUUCGCGGCGCCGCCCACGUCCGGGGCUGCGGAACUCCUUCGAAAAUCCUCCUUUAAGUCUCGACGAUGGAAGCGGCCAGGGGAGAUCGGAACAUCGGCAUCGUGAGCCUCGUGAGUUUCCUAGCGACGGCUUGCGGCUUACUUCAUUACUGGCAUGUCUCGACGAUGUUCGAGAACGACCGCCACUUCUCGCACUUAUCGGACGUCGAGAGAGAGAUGUCCUUCCGGUCGGAGAUGGGCAUGUACUACUCGUUUUACAAGACGCUGGUCGAAUCCGAGAGCAUAACGGAAGGCAGAAAAAAACUCGUCGCCUAUAAUCUAACCGAGUACCCGAACAUUGUAAAUGUCGAAGAAAAGUAUUGUUCACACCAAGAGUUGUUUAUUGGGACACUUUACCACAUUUCUCGAAACCUCGGCCUAUUCACGGAGCAGCAGUGCUGGCAGAUAGAAAGGGGAGAUGGAAUGCCACCUGUGAUCAGCUGCGAGGGCCCAGGAGUGCCGAUAUACUUUUACUUGAAUGUAGUCUGGGGUUAUGCUUGCAUAAUGGCGUCAAUGCUGUUCUGCUAUGCAGUUGGUUUAAGCGGCUCCAUUCUUAGUGGCCUAAUAACUAUAGCCUGCUUCUUCUACAACCAUAGCGAAUGUACCAGAGUCCAGUGGACUCCUCCCUUGCGGGAAAGUUUUGCAUAUCCCAUGUUGCUCGGUCAAAUGUACACGGUGAUGAUGUACAUUAAACACUCUCGUUCGGAAUCCAAAAACGAUAUUAGUCUAAGAGGAUUUCUUCGUACAGGAUUGCUAGAAAUUGGCCUAACUGCUGUAAGUCUGAUGCUAUGGCAAUUCUCGCAAUUCAUCUUCACCACCCAGGUGAUCAUCAUUUUGAUUCUCCGAUGGCUGAAGAUCAUAUCCACGGAAGUCUAUUACAGGAUAUGCAUAGUACACAUUUUGUCGGCAACUUUCAUUUCCGUAUUGUACAUGACCGCCAAGAAGUACCUGCACAUGUGCAUUCUGAUUCCCAGCAUACUAGCCGCGGCUCUUGCCGGAUUCCCCGCGAACCAUCUUGAUCUCACUCCAAAAAUGAUCCUAAUCGAAAUCAUAGGGACCAUCCUAGGCUCCCAUUUGAUGAAGGCGUUGUUUGGCUACGAGCAUGACGAACAUGUCUUCAAUAUCCUAAAAUCAAAACUGACCGACUACAAGGACUUCCACACGCUGCUUUACACCUGCUCGCCAGAAUUUGACUUCCUUCAAUACGAGACAUACGAGGCCCUCUUCAAGACUUGUCUUCUUCCCGCUGCGGUACUAGCAGGAAUUCUGGUGCUCUACUACUGGUACAGGAGGUACCUGGUCGAAGGGUACACAAAGUGCAUCGAGCCCGAGGUGGCUUAUCACUUCCUGCAAACAGGAGUCUUCACCCUGAUGGCUAUUUUCAUCAUGAGGUUGAAGCUGUUCAUGACUCCCCAUCUUUGCCUAACCGCGGGCUUAAUUGCGUCGCCUCGAUAUCUGGAAAAAGUUGGAUGUAGAAAGCCCAUCAUCCGGUGGACCUUCGCCAUCUUGGUCCUGGCGAUGAUGUCCCAUGAGGGUUUCAAAAGACUGAAAGAAGAACGCGGAUACAUCGGGGAAUACCGGAAUUUCGAACAGGAAGAGCUCUUCGAGUGGGUGAGAAAGAACACACCAGAAGACGCCGCGUUCGCCGGAAAGAUGUCCGUCAUGGCCAACCUGAUGCUUACAACUCGAAGACCCAUCGUGAAUAACCCAUAUUACGAGGACCAGGAGAUGAGGAACCGAACCAUGAGGGUCUAUGAGAUAUACGGCAGAAAAGACGCGUCCUCGGUUUACGAGAUCCUGGAAAAAAUGCAAGUCGACUUUGUGGUCCUUGAUUUCGGAUCUUGCUACAGCACUUCAAAACCUGGAUGUCGGAUGUUAGAUUUAUGGGACGUCGCGGAUAAAGGAGUUGCCAAAAACGUAGGAAAACCAGCAUUAUGCCCGAUGCUGUUCCGGGGUAACUGCCACCCCUUCCGAAGAGUAUUUUCGAACCAACAGUACGUGGUUCUGCAGCUAGGGUACUCGAAAUCCAUUAAACUGGAAUCGACUGCUUUCCUGAACUAUCCAAGUUCCCAGUAUUAACGGGGUAGUAUUCUUUUUUCUACGGCCCCAAGCGAGGCCCAAAGUGACGAGCGAGAGUACUUCGAGAGUCCUACGAGGACGUAUUUUUUUUUACGAAAGAAGUAUUUUAUCCUACGGUUACUGUUAGACAAGUCAAGUCGCUGCGUUCCAUUGCGAGGAUUAAUAAACUGUUGAGCGUAUUUUUAAGUCGAAGCGGAGCAUGAAGUUCGUGAUAUAAAUUAUAAUUUAAGACACGUA